CUCCGUUGUCUUCUGUGAAACGGUGGGGGAGCCAUUCGAGGCCCGGCGGGGCGAGGAGCCGGAGCGCGAGCGGGGAGGGCGGGUCGGACCGAGGCACGCUGCGGCUGGUGUUCGCUCUGGGGCGGGUGGGCGGUGGCAGGAUCCAAGGCCCAGCCCUUCGAGAAACAACAUGGUGUCGUGCAUCAUUUCCCGAGUCGUUGUGUUGGUCUGUGGAAUGCUGUAUCCUGCUUAUUAUUCCUACAAAGCUGUAAAAACAAAAAAUGUCAAGGAAUAUGUGCGGUGGAUGAUGUAUUGGAUUGUGUUCGCUCUUUAUACGUUUACUGAAACAUUAACUGACCUCUUGAUCUCUUGGUUUCCACUAUAUUAUGAACUGAAGAUUGCUUUUGUUGUUUGGUUGCUGUCUCCAUAUACAAGAGGGGCAAGUUUAAUAUAUAGGAAGUUUCUUCAUCCUCUUCUUUCUUCAAAAGAAAGGGAGAUUGAUGAGUACAUUGUGCAAGCCAAAGAACGUAGUUAUGAAACAAUGGUGAAUUUUGGUAAACAAGGCUUAAACUUAGCUGCUGCUGCUGCAGUGACUGCAGCUGUAAAGGGUCAAGGAGCAAUAACAGAGAAGUUGCGGAGUUUCAGUAUGCAUGACCUCACAGCAAUACCAGAUGAUGAGCCAAUAGGACAAAGGCACUAUCAGACUUUGCCUGCUACCAAAAAGAAAAGCAAGAGCUCGAUUCCCAAUGAGCCUAAUAUAGGUUAUGGUAUUCCAAUAAAAAGGGAUUCUGAAGAUGAUAAAACAGAUGAAGAGAGGGAAGGGACAUAUUCAGAAGAUGAGAUGUUUGCUCAAAGAGGUCUCCGUCGAACACAAAGUAUGAAAUCUGUAAAGACGAUAAAAGGACGCAAAGAGCUGCGAUAUGGCUCACUAAAAUACAAAGUGAAGAGACGGCCACAAGUAUACUUCUAAUCUACAGAGUUCAGCUAAAAGCAAACAUCUGUACUAAUAGUUUUCUG